CGUCGACAGCAAGUAAACAAACCUCGGCGGCGCAGAUACAUCAUGAAAAAAGGAGUCAUUCAUCACCACUGGUGUUCUGUGUAAAAUGGAGUGGUGAGCACUGCGCGCAGCGGAGCCGAGGAACGCCAGCUGCGGUAUCAGUGUGCUUCAGUGGUGCACCGCACGCCGUUCUCAGCCAUGGGACCUAUCCUGCUGGAGAGAGCCACCACUCCACUUGUGAACAAGGUCUCCAGAAAAGAGAAGGCAUCCAGAAGCUCAGAAAAUGCCGGGACAGUGGCAGGCUCCAAGAAGGAAAAGGUGGACCAGAACCAAAAGUCCCAAAAGAAGACAGGAGCUCAGUCAAAGCACCCAUAUCCUGGAAAAAGCUCUGCAUCUAAAAGUUCUCACUGUAUGGGAAGAACUAAACCAGAAAUUACUUGCAUCAAUGAAACAGAGACUCUGCAGAGCAGUCUGCGAAAGAUGGGCCCCAAGUCUCUGGCUUCCCCUUCCACAGAGUGUAAUGGGGAGAGGCGGGUACGGCUGGAGCCGCUGUGCAGCAGUGAUGACAACAAGAACCAUGCUGGUCGCAGACGAGGCCGACACACAUUGACCCUGCCUUUGGCCCCUAAGCCUGAGGCUUUAAAGGCACAAGCAGAAAUGAGGGUCUCAGACCUGGAGCAGGUAAGGCUAUUUGAACAGAAGGAGGAGGACACAGACAGUGCCAGUGAUCUUUCUGACUCUGAGAGGCUACCUGUUCUCCCUUCGCCAUGCACCCCUCCUCAACUCAACCUUCGGGCAGAAGUUAUUGAUCCCAUUGACCUUCAUCCAUGCUUUCCUGGGCCUUGGGGUCAAAGCUGCGAUAGCAACUACUCCUACCCAGACUUCUUGCCUCCGCCCUUUUGCACCUGGAGCCUGCGCCAGUUGGCUCUGUUUCUCAACACUGAGGGUAGGGGUGCCCCUCGGCCCAAGCCUGUGGGUAAUCUGGAGAAGUACCUGGAGCGGCUCUUGCAGCUUGAGUGGCUACAGAUACAAACCAUCCAGGCAGAGAACAGUAGACCCGUUGGACCAGGGUUCACUAAUCGACCCCGCUAUAACCAAAACCUCACCUCUCAUAUGGCACCUGGCCACCUUCGCAAUAACACCACCCUCCCAUUCCACCUCCGUUCUCCAAAAAGUCUCCGGCAUUGCCAGCAAACGUCUCCCUUUGCCUUUAUGUCCUCCCUGGGUACUCCCUUGCCUGCCCAUCGUUCACAGUCUGUCUGUCCAAGCUGCCACAUUCACCACCCUUUCUGCAUUGGGAACUGCUCCUCAUACACCUAUCAUCGACACUCGCGCCUCAGCCCGGUCUUAGAACGCAAAGUCAAGCUAGGAGUUCUUCCAAAGAGGAGCAGCAGCGAGAGCCGUGUACACACCAGCAAAAGCCAGAAGCCCGUGAGUCCACUGGCAGGUAACAAUCACCUCAAUCACAUGCAAUCAGCUGGCAACAUGCGUAGCCCUUUACAGACACCAGGACAUACCUCCAAGCCUCUCGGUGUCCCCCGGAAUGGCUGUGCUGUAGCUGCCAGGCCUAAAGAAUCAGUCACUAUGGAGGGGAGUGCUCCAUGUAGGAGUGCUCGAGAGGUUAACCCCGUAAAGAGGAGCGGAAAGGUAAGGCCGAAGGCAGGUGUUGGAGAUGGAGACUCAAAAUUGGGGAGGGUUGGUACAGUUUCCAAGGGGCUGCCCCCUACUAGGCUUAAUGGACUCAUUAAUUGACAGUCUUGUAUAUUUCUCCGUACAGUGUACAAUAUCUGAGCCACACCUUAGCAAGCAUCAUGAAGGAGGCUUAUGCUUUCCUGGUCCUGGGAGACUUGGAGGAAUGAAAACCUUCGUAUAUGAGGAAGAGUCCAUGACCAAGCUGAGGUUAUUAUCCUUUACAGGAACAAUUAACCUGUCACAGGUUAAAACUCAUAAGGCAGCUUUGUGUGCUAUGUAAUUGAGCAACCUUAGAGAAAUAUCAUAUUUUGUAAUGCUCCAGCUUGCUUCUAUGAGCACAAUAUUAGUGCUGUCCUGCAGUGCGUAGCUGUAGAGCCAUUGUAUGCUCAAAAAUGAAUUGCAGCUGUACAGUAAAGUCAUUGUCUGUUUGUUUAACGCUGAAUUUCCGACCACACAGUAUAAACUUGGCCUUAUUUUUUAUUCGGUGAGUUACAGUAUAAAUAGAGAGAUAUAAUGGAAACAGACUAAAACCAAAAAAGAGUCUAUUUUUGUAACUUUUUGUGGAAGUUUUCAAGACCAGUGUGAUUAUUUAAUGAGGAAUGUUUGGUGUGAGGUUUGGAAUUUCUUGCGAAACAGAGUUUGAUUGGCUUGUAAAAAAUAAUUCGGAAUUGUCAGAAUUUAUUUUAUAACUAUUUAUAGUUAUGCU